AUGUUUUUACAUAUCCUUGCUCACAACAUGAAGUACAGAGUAGUGCACUAUAGUUACUGUAGAUCUAAAGAAACAAUAAGCCGACAAUUUAAUAAUGUCUUAAGAGCUAUAAUGAAAGUGAGUCAGGAUUAUUUGAAGUUUCAUACCUAUCUAGAAGGUCCGGGUGAAAAUAAAUGGAGAUGGUUUGAGAAAUGUGUUGGAGCACUUGAUGGGACACAUAUUCCGGUAACAGUUUCUCUUGAAGAUAGACCUAAAUAUCGUAAUAGAAAGGGUGAUGUCUCUACAAAUGUGUUAGCAGCCUGUGGUCCAGAUUUAAGGUUUAUUUAUGUGUUACCUGGGUGGGAAGGGUCAGCAGGAGAUUCUCGAGUAUUACGAGAUGCUUUACGUCGUCAAAAUAAACUUGAAAUUCCAGCUGGUAAGUACUUUCUUGUGGAUGCGGGAUAUACUAAUGGUCCAGGAUUCUUAGCACCAUAUCGAGGGACUAGAUAUCAUCUAAAUGAGUGGAUUGGAAACACCCCUCAAAAUUUCAAGGAGUUAUUUAAUCUUCGUCAUUCAAGUGCACGAAAUGCAAUAGAAAGGUCUUUUGGAAUACUGAAAAAAAGAUGGAGUAUAUUAAGAACUCCUUCAUUUUUUGAUAUAAAGACACAAAUAAGAAUUAUUAAUGCUUGUUUUUUGGCUGGUGGCGUGGCUGAUGUAUCUGUCGGUCUGGUUCAGCCUUCUGUAGCUGGUGCUAUGGUGCAACUGGACAAUGCCUUGAUGGAAAUGGCAGAUGAGCAAGUAAUUAAGACAAUCAAUUUAGAGAAACUUCGUAAAGCUAGUGUUGGCCUCAAUCCAGUCGGUGAUGGCAACAACCUAGAUGAUCCAACUACUGAUUGGGUUCAGUCCUGCACUUGGAGAAUGCAGCAGCUGCAACAACUAUGA